AUGCGCAUCGAGCCGUUUGCUGUGGAGCGCUGGAUGGACGCGCAUGAGACCGCCUGCACCUUCAACUGCGCUGAGACCUGCGUCGACUCUGUGACACUGGAGGAGCUGAUGCGGCUGGCGGGGGAGGCGCCGGAGGCCCUGGCAGCGCGGCUGCUGCCGCUUAAGCUUAGCUACGGCGAGAUCCCCGGAUCGCAGGAGGUGCGCUGCGCCAUCGCCAGCCUGUACCCUGGUCGCGGCGCCAGCGAUGUACUGGUGACCCACGGAGCCAUCGGCGCCAACCACCUGCUCUACUCCGCCCUGGUGGGCCCGGGUGACGAGGUGGUGGCGCUGGUGCCAAACUACCAGCAGCACACCGCCAUACCAGAGGCCCUGGGGGCCGUCGUGAGGCGCCUGCCCCUGCGGCGCGAGGACGGCUACCUGCCAGACCUCGGCGCACUGGCCGCCCUCGUCACGCCGAGCACGCGCGUCAUCUGCUACUCCAACCCCAACAACCCGACCGGCGCGCUGAUGGAUGCGGCCACGCAGCGCGCGAUCCUGCGUAUUGCUGCGGAGCGUGGUGGGCCCCGGUGCUACGUCCUAGCUGACGAGGUGUACCGCGGGAUUGACCAGCAGGGUGACGACCUGGGGGAGUCUGUGGCGACGAUUGACCCGCGGCGGGGUGUGUCGGUCAGCAGCAUGAGCAAGGCGUUUGCGAUGGCGGGCGUGCGGCUGGGCUGGGUGGUGGGGCCGCCAGAGGUCCUGCGGGAGGUGAUGACGCACCGUGACUACAGCACCAUAUCAGUGGGCGUGGUGGACGACACGCUGGCAGCCCUGGCCCUGGGGCCGCGCUGCCUGGGCCCGCUGCUGGCGCGCAACCGUGCGGUGGUGCGGUCCAACGCCGCGCUGCUGGACGGCUUUGUGGCGCGCCAUGCGGGGCGCGUGUCGUGGGUGCGGCCGGGUGGGGGCACUGUGGCCCUGCUGCACUAUGACCUGCCCGGUCAGCUGAGCUCUGAGGAGCUGUGCACGCGGUUGCUCCAGGAGACCGGCGUGCUGCUCGUGCCAGGCUCCACGUUUGGGGUGGAAGGCGCCGUGCGCGUAGGGUUCGGCAACACCACGGAAGCGCUGCGAGCGGGCCUCGCCGCGCUGUCGCGCUUCUUGGAGGCGGCCUGA